CAGGCAGACAUGAGAUGAGUGUCUGUGUUUAUGGCUAUUAGUGGAGCUAUCGCAGCUGCACUACUGUCACACCAUGCAGUAAUGAGCUCUCUCUCGAAGCACUGGGUGGAGCCCAUUUUCACCGCACUAUGUGGCAUCUGAGCUACUUUAACAGCCAGAUGUUCCCCGAUCGCCGCUGAUACGCACGUGUUCAUCGUUACACCAUUACAAAAGAAUCAUCCCUAAGGAUCAUCCCUACAAUGACUGUAUCCGAUACAUCAGCUAUCCCUCACGGAUCAUGGGUCCUGGUUACGGGAGCGAAUAGCUUGGUAGGAUCCAAUGUGGCCGAUCGGCUGCUUAGUCGCGGGUACCGUGUGAGGGGAACCGUGCGGAAUGCGCAGAGGCACCAAUGGCUCGGAGAUCAUUUCCGUCACAAGUAUGGAACUGACAGCUUCGAGCUGGUCCAAAUCCAAGACAUACAGUGUCCGGGUGCUUUUGACGAAGCGAUGAAAGGCAUGUCAGGAGUAGCACAUGUAGUAACCAUCUUUGCUGGUCCAAAUGAUGGUACGGACGAGGUGUUCAAUUCCAUCAAACAACUGGAUCACAAUAUUCUUGCCUCCGCGGCCGCCGAGCCCAGCGUGAAGCGCUUUGUCUACACCUCCUCCUGCCAAGCGGCUAACACAAUGAGCUUCGAUGAUCUGAAUGGCAAGACCGUGAUCACGUCAGAAACUUGGAAUGAAACUGCCAUACAACGAGCCAAAACGGGGUCUCCUGAGGAAUGGAGACGGGGAUUCGACAUAUACAGCGCAAGCAAAGCCUUGGGCGAGCAAGGAGUCUGGGAAUGGGUGAAAGAGCACAAGCCUGGGUUCGUGGCGAAUACCGUUCUACCCUCGUUGUGCUACGGUGCCUCUCUCGAUCCACAACACCAAGGGUUUCCUUCCACACUACUAUGGCCAGCAGCUAUCAUCAAGAAUGACUGGGUCUCCGUUUCUCAACACGUGAAUGCCACUAUCCCAGAUGGAGGGUACUGUGUGGGCAUUGAGGAUGUCGCACUUCUACAUGUCGCGGCUUUGACCAAUCCUACCGUCCAAAAUGAACGCCUGUUCGCGUAUGGCUGGCCAUUCUUCUGGAAUGAUUUGGCUACCAUCUAUCGAGGUAUAUUUCCUAAUCGCGAGCUGCCGACAGAUCUGCCUGCCCGGGAUAAGGACGCGGACUUGUUAGACGUUAGACCUUCGAAGCGGUCGGAAGAUCUACUGAAAGAGAUGGGCAAGCCUGGGUGGAGUAGUCUAAAGGAGAUUAUUGUGGCUAAUGCAUAUGGUUUGGUUUGAGAGUUACUUCUUGACAGGAAUUGUUCCUCUCAAAGGAAAGCACGAUAGUGGCGUUCGCACACACAAUCUAGCCCUUUCGUACCUAUAAGAACCAGAUCAUAGUGAAUCAAUGGCUAUAUGAGGUCGCUCAAAACACGUGCAUAGUUAAGCAUACACACAGCAUUAAACAUUAAGUCUUUCUGCAU